CAGUCAGAAUUGGGCGUUCGUCGUUCUAAAAGCUGAAGGUGGCAAAAAUUAUUUCGUCACAAUCAUUCCUCUUCAGCCAUACGGCAGAAUGUCAGCAAAGAGAUUAUCUCUGAAAGAAGCGAGUGCGAAUUUUGAGACACUCAUUGCUCGAGUGAAAAAUCGAGAGGAGUUUAUUGACUGGAUCCACGAGGAGUAUUGCGAGAAUGACAAUGCCAAACCGCUUUUUGUAACGGAUGCUAUAAAGAAGCUUCGAGAUAUCGCAGAUCAUAUAAGAAUGAAAAUUCCUGAUGGAACCGUGAAAUCGGAGAAAAUAGUUUGGCCCACAGGCGGGCAUGAUGCUGAUUGUGAAGAAAGGAACACCGUUCAUGUUGAUUGUUUUCUUUAUGAUGAUAAAGCUAUGGAAGAAAUGAUUAAAGCAGGAAAGUUCCAGAAGAGAUAUUGUGUUGAUUGUGGUUCAAGGAAUGUGCAGGACCUGAAUUUCAUAAGCCACAGCUUGUCUCACCCUCAGCUAGAGUUUAUAUUCACCCAACUUGUUCCCCUGAAAUCCAGGCCCGAAGGCUUUCGAGUGGUAGACAUCGGAUCUCGGCUUGGUGCCGUCGUGUUUGCUGCUUCAUUAUUUGGAAGUGGCCAUGUCACGGCUACCGGAGUAGAAAUGAAUGACGAACUUGCCAGACUACAGGAGGAUGUCAUAAAGGAUUUCAAUCUCCAAAAUAUUGAGAUUGUCCACGCUGACAUUCGCACGAGGCCAGAUGUAAUAUCACAAGCAGAUCUUAUCAUCAUGAAUAAUGUGUUUUCGUUUUUUUUAUCUUCGGAUGAACAGGCCGAUUGCUUCGAAUUUGUUCAUAGAAAUGCGAAGAAAGGUUGUUUGAUUGUGCAUAAUCCAGAAAUCAGCACAGUGUUGACUCAUUUGAAGCUUACUUUCAAAACAGAGGAGUGGCUAGAGAAAAUUUCGACUGCUGAAGAUUGCGAAAUGUUCGCAAACGGAGACCAAGAUGUGCUUUCAGAUUGUGAAAUGUUGGGUUUCUACCGUGUGCGAUGAUACGGGUUAUGUGUCGUACUCUUCAAGGAGUUUAUUGUUGUUGUUUUGGACGCGAUUUACGAUAUAUCGAUAAACCCAUGUUCGACC